AUGGUCCCAGAUCUCCAGAGGUUCCUGCUGGCAGCAGCAGUGGCCCUUCGCAUCCAUCCCAUCAGCGAAGCAGAAGUGGAGGAGGGAGCUGCCCUUGUUGCCCACAGAGUGAGCGAGCAGAUGGUGGUCCUGAUGGAUCCAAGUGAAGUCCCAGAUGACACCUUGCGAGCUAACAGAUCUUGAGAAAAAGCAUUUGUGUUUGACAUGGUUUUUGAUCACAGAGCAACCCAGGAGGAGGUAUACAUGUCCACGACCAAAAGCUUGAUAGAAGCAGUCAUUUCUGGCUACAAUGCAACUAUUUUUGCAUAUGGUCCAACAGGAGCAGGAAAAACCUACACGAUGCUAGAGAUGGACUGUGAGUCAGGGAUUUACAUCCGCACUCUUGAGGACAUCUUCAAGGCCCUUGAAGCUACCACCAAGGAGGUGGAUUACAGGGUCUCCAUGUCCUACCUGUAGGUCUAUAAUGAAGUGAUCCAGGACUUCCUGAACCCAUCCUCAGGGUUCUUAGACCUGAGGGAGGACCCCAGAAACAGCAUCUAGAUAGCAGGAAUUACACAAGUCUGUACUACAAAUGCUCAGGAGAUCAUGCAGCUGCUGAUGAAAGGAAACAAGCAGCACACCCAGGAACUCGCUGCUGCCAACAAGACGUUCUCCUGCUCCCACGUGGUGCUGCAGGUGACGGUGAUGCAGAAAAGCCGAAGGGAGGCGACCAGCGAGGAAAUGAGAACUGGAAAGCUGUUCAUGGUUGACCUGGCAGGGUCAGAGAGAGCAGCCCAGACUCAGAACCAGGGCAAGAGGAUGAAGGAAGGAGCCCACAUCAACCACUUGCUACUGGCUUUGGGCAACUGCAUCAACGCUUUGAGUGAGAAUUGGGGGAGCUGGGCCCAGUUUGUCAGUUUUCGGGACAGCAAACUCACCCGCCUGCUGAAGGACUCAUUGGACAACAGCAGGACUGUUAUGAUUGCUCUUAUCAGCCCAGCCAGCACCUCCUUUGAAGAGUCCUGAAUGACCUUGAUCUACACCUACAGAGCAAAAAACAUCAAGACACAGGUAAAAUGUAACCUGCGAAACAUCUCCUACCACAUCGACCAAUACAUCAGCAUCAUCACGGACCUCCGCAGGGAGAUCAAACACCUAAAGGAGAGGGUCAAAAACCAGGGGAAGGAGAAAAGUACAGUCAGCACCAACCUCGGGAAUCUGCAAGCAGAGAGGCACCAAGGCUCUGAGGCACACAGUGGCCGAGUAAUAAACACCUUGCGGGCACGGCGGAUGGGGGCUUUCAGGGGGCAAACGGAGAUACAGCGCAGUCUGAUGGAGCUGGAAAACACCAACGUUGAGCUGCACAUUGAUACCUGCAGGCACCUCCUCACCAUCACGGACUGGGAACAAGAGAAGGCUCAGGGUGCAGGCAAGUAUGACAACCCAGCAAAGGAGGAGAAAGAUGAACACACAGAGGAGGAGGACAGGGAAGUGGAUAUGGUAGGUUCACCUGAACCUCAUGAAGUUACAGUAGCAAGAGGAGAGAUCAACCUGCUGCUGGCAGAACAGUGCAAGACAACAGCCCUGAAAACAGAGCUGGAGCAGCACUUAGUAAAUGCCAAGGAAAAAGCUUCCCAGAUGGAGGAGUUUUUCCCCAGACAAAUGGCCAGUGAGGAUCAGCAAGAGGUGCUAGGGCUCCUCUGCAGACCCCAUGAGCUUGAGCUUGGCAACACAGAGCUGCAGGCAAAUACCCUGUACAAGCAGAAUCUGUUGUGCCAGAAAGAUUUUGUGAUCUAGCAACGGCAGCAGCACAUGCUACUCCGCAAAGAAAUUAUUCAGCAGCAGCAGAUGCUGAUAAAAGCCCAGAACAUCCCUGUCCCAAAGACACUGGUGAGGUUACACCACCUGCACCUUGCUGAGAUGGAGGAGGGGGUGCUGAACGGCCUGCUUCUGCUACAUUCAGUGAUAUCUGGCAUGCUCAGAAUCUCAAAAGCUGAGCCUUGGACUCCCUCAAGCCCCAGUACAGACAAAGCUUGUGAGAACCACCUGCGCCAAGCUAGACUCUUUCAUCAGUUAAAAGCUGCAAGCAGCAUAUCCAUGGCCACAAAGGUCAACGUUCCCUUCAUCUGCCAUUCAGGGCCUGCAGAUGGUGCCAGCAGCCGGCAGAAGCAGCAGCCAGGUGCCCGCUUGGGGAACCAGCUGAGGACUAAGUAG